AUGGAGUCUUACAUCCCAUUCACAGAAUUGCCUCAUAUUAUGCCCACUAUGGAUGCCAAUGAGUCAUACAAUCUCUACAAUUCCUCUUUGCCGGCUGAUCACCCAUUUGUGACUCGCACUCAAGAUCAAUUUGCCAUUUUGCCGUUGGAAGCCCAAGUCGCUGUGCCGCCCUAUUCUCAACAAACAUGUUGGGAAACAGUAGGCUCUCCUUAUUCAACGGAUUACCUAUCAGAAGGGACUCAGUCAUAUGGCGAUAGUCUCUCCCCGUGGGAUAGCGGGCUAUCAACUUUCUCCGACCCUCAAAGUCCGCCUUAUGAUAGUGACAGCCUGCCGACUCCAAAUUACUAUGAAUCACCUCGGAGUCCAUACAAGCACUCAUUGCUAUUUGACAGUGAGGCCUUUAUAUGUUCCGCGCCAGAGAAUUUGGGCCACGUUGGGUCAUCGUUGGCCAUGCCCAAACACCCCGCGUUCGAGAUUCAGCCAGAUUAUACGCCCGUCCAUGGAACGAAUAUCUGGUCAAAUAGUCACACAGCAUGCAACCCAGCUCCAGAGACAAGAUGCUGUACCAAAUCAAACAAGGACUACAUGGCUACUGCUCAUCGCUCAAAACCACGAACCUCAUCUACAUCUCGGGUUCGAAAAUCAACCGAAAAGCGCACGGCUUCGAAAUCAGGUCGCCGCCGACCUCGUGCUGCAUCAAAUUUAUCUAAUGGAGAAGAAUCACGCACAUUCAUCUGCAGCUUCGCACCCUACGGCUGCGAAAGUACCUUCGUUUCAAAGAACGAAUGGAAGCGCCACGUCACAUCCAAACAUCUCUUGCUCGGAUUCUACCGCUGCGAUGUAGGGAAAUGCAAGAUGUACGCGUCCCCAUCAAGAAGCCCGUCAGCAUCUCCAUCCCAUUCAAUCCAUUCCCAUCCCGCUCCUCAACCGGGCCAACCAAAUGAUUUCAAUCGCAAGGAUCUCUUCACGCAGCACCAACGACGGAUGCACGCGCCUUGGUCACAAAAAGAGCGCCGAGUACCUACAGAGAGUGAGCGGGGGCUUUUCGAAUUUGGUUUAGAAGAUAUCCGUCAGCGAUGCUGGCAAGGCCUUCGUCAGCCUCCUAUGCAGAGUCAUUGUGGAUUCUGUAAAAAGAUAUUUACUGGGCCUGGGAGUUGGGAAGUGCGGAUGGAGCACGUUGGCCGACACUUUGAGCGCGAUGAGUCGGCUUGUCUGAGGGGUGAAGAAGAGGAUGUGGCACUGCGCGAGUGGGGGCUCAAUGAAGGGAUAUUGACUGUUGUCAAUGGUCAGUGUCGACUGGCUUCGCUUAAUUGA